AUGGGGGCCGGCGGAUCGAAGCCCGCGGAGGCAAGCGGAGGCUCUAAACAUGUUUUUAGAAGUGAAACCCCAGUUCAAUUUUCUCAAAACCUCGUCGAAUCGUUACAAUCAAGCUCAGAGGUUGUUAUAACCCGCGUCCCCCCUCCCCCGGGGUUUGGGCUUCAACCGACUCCUCCCGAGCCCAAACCAUCGAACUCCAUAUCCAAAACCGCGUCGCCGAAGAGCUCAAACACCCUCGCGGACCUCGAACAACGCCUCGUAGAAACCACCCCGUCAUCCACAGCCGCCGACCAAGGGUCCAUAUCGCUCGAUGCACCGCGCGUGCCGCUGGCGGGCUCUGAACCGUCUGGCACAGCUCAAGAGACUGCAAAGCCGGAUCUGAGUAGCAAACAGGUGGCCCAAGAAAUUGAAGCGCUGCGUGAGAAACUUGCUGCGAGACGAAAGGUGAAGGAGGUUGAUGCAGGUGUGGAAAAGGCGAGGGAAGAUGUGGUGAACUGUUUGCGGGGGCACGAAAAGAGGCCGUUGGAUUGUUGGUCUGAGGUAGAUACAUUCAAGAAAGAGGUUGCGAGAUUGGAGGGAGAGUGGGUGAAGAAGAUUGUUGGUUAG